AUGGGUGGUAUCGCUAGUCCCACUCCAAUCCAUCCGCUGCGGCUGAGUCAAUCGAACAGAGAGAGGUCUGGUAGGCCAGCGUAUAAGUCGAUGUCCGAAAGCAUCCAGGAGGCACCCCCACCCCAACGCCCACCAAGACGGUGCUCUGCUGCACCAGACAGUUACUCUGCCAGUAAUCCCAGGGCAACAACCCGUGCCACGGUCGGUGUGAUAAGGAAGCAGCGCGCAAGCUCUCCAAUGACAUCUAAGCGGAUGACACCUUUAGUAUCGCACUUGUCAGAGCCGGAGGUCGCCCCUGCAAGACCACCACGCAGGUCAGCGUUGCCUCCAUGUCCGUCACUGCCUUCCGCGUGAUUAAGAUUAAACGAACCAUAUUGCC